AUGUCCUGCUCAUAUUCCUUCCUUCGCCUCAUUGCAAGCAAAACCCCGGGUUCGCGCAAAAUGUUCAACCUCCACAUCCCUUGUUAUGUGAAGCCAAACUCCUCUGCUCGCCGUACAGGUGUUAUAAACGUGGGUAUUGAUAAAAUCGAGAUUUCCGUGGCUGCUGUUCCACGCGACGGGGCAGCUAAUAUUGCAGUGUCGCACGUCGUCGCAGAGAUCUUCAAAGUUCCAAAAUCAAGCGUCCAGGUUAUUCGUGGCGCGAAAUCACGAGAGAAAACGUUGUGUGUUGCUAACCUGGAGAUCGGAGACGGCGAAGAAGUAUACUUGCAGCGUGCGAUACAAAUAUUAAAGGCCGCUGUCGAGACACGAAACUCAUAG